AUGGUCAAACCCGACGCCGACGUCAUCAAGGAGUUCAACGAGCUGGUCAACAUGACCGCGCCCGAGCUCGAAAAGUGGCUCAAGUCGGACGACUCCACCUCGUCCGGCUGGACCAACGGCAACUCGGACGGCGAGACCGUCGGCCACAACUCGGGCACCAAGAUCGUCGACAUCCUCAAGCGCAAUCCGGACAAGAAGGACGACAAGUACACCGACGACGACCUCAAGCACAUGCGCAAGGUCGUCAGCUACAACAAGCGCCACCUCGCCCAGGAGGAGCAUCUCAAGCAGAAAAAGUCGGCCGACGAGCUCAAGCAGACCAAGAGCUACAAGAGCCUCAAGAAGCUGCGGCCGUUUUAUCAGCAGGCGGCUGCUGCUGCUGCUGCCUACAACCGACUUCGCCCUUUCCGACAAACACGUCCUGACACGCCCCUCGACUCGCCCGCCGCCGCCGCUUGCUUCCUGCCCUGCAAAGAUGGUGCAUCCGACCCAGCGGCAUCGUCGGCUUCGUCGUCGUCCACGCCAGCCGCUUCCGGCACCACAUUCCGCUCGGACGUCGCGCUUCCAACCGCACUCAAUCUGGGCAAGAUCGGGUCGUCGGCUACCACCGCCUCGACGGCCGCAGCGUCGUCGCUCGCAUCGGCCCAGGCGCGCCUCUCGUCGGCAGAGUACCUCGACCAGCUCGAGGAGGGCGUCAACAAGACCAUCGACGCCGAGAUCGACACGCUGCUCACCAGUUACAAGGAGCUCGUCAGCCUCGCCAGUAUUGCGGACAAGGACAAGUUCCGGGUGGCGCAGGAGGCGUUCCAGACCGAAGCGAGAGCCGAUAUCAUGGUUCGGUCGGUGCAGACGCUGUCGUUGCUCUCCGAGUCGCUCAAGCUGUCGCUGCUGCUGUCCAAGGCGCCCGAUGCGACGCUCAGCGACGAGGCGGUCGAGCUCAUGCACAGCACCGAGCGCGAGAAGCUCAAGUGCGCCGUGCUGCUCGCUCAGCUGCUUGGCUUGGACAAGCAGGCGGCAGGCGAGUGGGUCGAGCAAAUGGACAGCACCGUCUCGGCGAAAGCCCAAACUCAGCCGGAACAGCGCGCGCCACCCACACAGUCCGCAGCGCCAACCGAGGCCAGCGAGACGCGAACCGCAGAGACGCAAGCUGCUGCGGGGACACACGCCGACACGGGUGAUGAAGACAUCGACGACGACGAUAUGGAAGACGUCUCUGCCGGCUGA